AUGCCUAGGCAGAAUCAAAAUCCGAGGCAGGUUCGACUUGCCAAAGACAGUUGCACAUUGACUGUGUCUUGGCAAUUCAAGCUCAUCAAAUCUGGGAAAGACUUUGGCCCUUGCGGCGAUUCACGUGAUCCCGUGACUCCCGCCUCGCUGCAAACCACCAGUGUCAUCUUAGGACGUCCUCAUCGACCUGGAGACAAUCGUCUGGUUUGCUCAUCUUUGCUACGUCAAUCUUACCCCACUGGUUUUUCUUCGACUCCCCAUCACUCGAUCUCUUUUUGUUUUUCCGAUCACGCCCUCUUUUGA